AUGCAAAUACAGCCAUACGUCACCAGUAACCCUCAGUCAUAACACUGAGCUGCCCUCCACAUCUGUGCAGUUCAACGAGUCGAGUAAAUAAAAGUAUAGUGGGACCCAGAAGGAUGCAUUCUUUCUCAAGGACACAGAGAAAUAGAGAGGGGCGGAGGACGACGGUGAGAGAGUGAAAGAGAGUUAUGCCACAGACACUUGAGUCUUCCUUCACAUGAACCAGGACUCUCUAUUGGGAUGAACCACAGACUGCAUAACAGCAGACCUGCAGGCUGCACCGACAGCCCCAGGGCUCGCAGCCGCGAUAACCUUCUGAUGGACGAUGAUUUCGGAGAGGAGAACUGUUGCUCUGGACGAUGCCUCGGCCACAGCAGCUCUGACAGACAGCUCAUGGCUCCUCUCAGCGCUGUUAAACGACGCCAGGCUCUCCGUGGUCCAGCCUACAUGUUCUCUGCUCCCUCCAUCACCCUGUCGGAGGUGGAGCAGCGCUUCCUGGAGGCAGCUGAAUACGGCAACAUACCAGAGGUGCGCCGCGUACUGCUCCAUAUGCCCAACUUGAAUGUCAACGCCGUGGACUACAUGGGCCAGAAUGCAUUGCAGCUGGCUGUCGCCAAUGAACAUCUGGAGGUGACGGAGCUGCUGCUGGGGAGGGCAGAUUUGGCCAGAGUGGGCGACGCCCUCCUGUUAGCCAUCAGUAAAGGUUAUGUCCGUAUCACAGAGGCCCUCUUGUCUCACCCAGCGUUUAGAGAUGCCCACCGCCUCACAGCGAGUCCUGCUCAAGCAGACAUGUUGGAUGACUUCUAUGCUUAUGAUGAGGACGGAACAAGGUUCUCUCAUGAUGUGACUCCAGUGAUCCUCGCAGCACACUGCCAGGAGUACGAGAUAGUUCACACCCUGCUGAGCAAAGGGGCUCGCAUCGAUCCUCCUCACGACUACUUCUGCGGCUGCGACUCCUGCAACUACCAGCAGCAGUUUGACUCCUUCAGCCACUCGCGAUCCAGAAUCAACGCCUACAGAGGCCUCGCCAGUCCCGCUUACCUCUCCCUGUCCAGUGAGGACCCGGUGCUGGCAGCCCUGGAGCUCAGCAAUGAGCUGGCCAUGCUAGCUGAUAUUGAGAAAGAAUUUAAGAACGACUACAUCUGUCUAUCGAGCCAGUGUAAGGAUUAUGUGGUGGGCCUUCUGGAUCUGUGCCGCAGCACAGAGGAGGUGGAGGCCAUACUGAGUGGAGAAACUGCCUCUGAAGACACCUUUGAACUACCAGGUCGCCCCUCGCUUACACGGCUCAAGUUAGCCAUCAAAUACGAAGUGAAAAAGUUUGUGGCUCAUCCUAACUGCCAGCAGCAGCUGCUGAGCAUCUGGUACGAGAACCUGCCGGGCCUGAGACAGCAAACCACUGCCAUCAAGCUGCUGGUCGUGCUGGCGGUGGCUAUCGGAUUGCCUGGACUGGCUAUGGGUUACUGGAUAUCACCGUGCAGCAGAGUGGGGAAGGUGAUGCGAAGCCCAUUCAUGAAGUUUGUGGCCCACGCCUCCUCUUUCACAAUUUUUCUGGGCCUUCUGAUACUAAAUGCUGCGGACCGUUUUGCAGGCACCACCCUGAUGGCAAACAUGACCCACCAUCAUCAUCCGACACUGAAAUAUGACCCGCUGCUGCUCUACCGCAUGACCACGACACCCUUCACAUGGAUGGAGGUCCUCAUCAUUUCAUGGGUCAUGGGUAUGAUCUGGGCUGAGGUGAAGGAGAUCUGGAGUCAGGGGCCGGGGGAGUACCUGGUGGAACCGUGGAACUUCCUGGACUUUGGGAUGCUGGCGAUCUUCCUCGCCUCCUUCAGCUGCCGCUUCUCCACCCUGAGACACGCUGACUUAGCCCAGACCUAUGUACACACACACUACAAAACACUGAUUAACGUCACGCUGCCUCCAGAGAUACACUACUUUACGCUGGCUCGUAUCUACUGGUUGCCAUCAGAUCCCCAGCUGGUGUCGGAGGGCCUGUACGCCGUGGCAGUGGUGCUGAGCUUCUCUCGGAUCGCCUACAUCCUCCCAGCCAACGAGAGUUUUGGCCCACUGCAGAUCUCUCUGGGGAGGACUGUCAAGGACAUCUUCAAGUUCAUGGUCAUCUUCAUCUUGGUCUUUCUGGCGUUCAUGAUCGGCAUGUUCAACCUGUACUCUUACUACCUGGGAGCAAAGCAGAAUGAUGCCUUCACCACUCUGGAGGAGAGCUUCAAGACGCUGUUCUGGGCUAUAUUUGGACUGUCUGAGGUCAGGUCUGUCGUGAUCAAUAACGGACACAAAUUCAUCGAGAACAUUGGUUACGUGCUGUACGGGGUUUACAACGUAACCAUGGUGAUAGUGCUGCUCAACAUGCUCAUCGCCAUGAUUAACAGUUCCUUCCAGGAGAUUGAGGAUGAUGCUGAUGUUGAGUGGAAGUUUGCUCGGGCAAAACUCUGGUUCUCCUACUUUGAGGAGGGAAGGACGCUCCCUGUGCCCUUUAACCUGGUCCCCAGUCCAAAAUCUAUGUUGGGCCUGGCUACGGCCAUCAAGUCUCUGCUCCUGCACUAUGUGGCAGGACAUAGUGAGGAGAAAAUUGAGACACAGCUGAACCAGCUUGGAGUUGGCAAAAAUACAGGAUUUGGUGCUUCAAUCAGCCCGACCAGAUAUCAGAAGAUCAUGAAGCGUCUGAUAAAGCGGUACAUCAUCAAAGCCCAAGCAGACAAAGAGAGCGACGAGAUCACGGAAGGUGAGCUGAAAGAGAUAAAACAGGACAUCUCCAGUCUGCGAUACGAGCUGCUAGAGGAGAAAUCACAGAAUAUGGAGACACUGGAUGGACUGCUGAAGAGGCUGGGGGAGAUCAGCACACCUUCAGCAGCACUAACAGUCACCCCGACUGCACAUUAAACUACGCAGCUCAAAAACCUUUAAGUGCCUGAUUUCCAUCAUUAAAUGUAGAUACAGUAUGAAAGUGACAAAAAAGUAUGUAAAGUAUAUUUUAAAAUUAAAAU